GGAAGAUAACGCAUGCGCGUUACGAAUGGUUCGACCGUGGAAUUUUCUUGUCCUUAUUGCAGGUCUGUACUGAAGACACUGUCAGCGCUCACACUACCAGCAGGCAGGAGGGGCAGAGCUGGGCCUGUAUGACCAUACCAGAUUUUGAGCCAUGUCUGGAACUAAAGGGAGAGCGAAGAAGAAGACAAUCUCUUUUGAGGCGUCACCUGACACUGUCCCUGUACGAUCAUCUGUCCGACAGGUGAAGAAGAAGGCCAGUGAUAAUAUAGAUGAUGAUGAUGAUUCCUCAGAAAAGAAAUAUAGGAAGUGUGAGAAGGCAGGAUGUACAGCAACAUGUCCAGUUUGCUUUGCGAGUGCCGCUGAAAGGUGCGCUAAAAAUGGUUACACAUCAAGAUGGUAUCACCUUUCCUGUGGGGAGCAUUUCUGCAAUGAGUGCUUUGAUCACUACUACAGGAGUCACAAGGAUGGUUACGAAAUAUAUUCUUCUUGGAAACGAAUAUGGACAAGUAAUGGGAAAAGCGAGCCAAGUCCCAAAGCGUACAUGGCUGACCAGGAGCUUCCAUACUGGGUACAAUGCACAAAACCUGAAUGUGGGAAAUGGCGUCAGUUGACAAAGGAGAUACAGUUAACAAUUCAAAUGGCAAAAACCUACAGAUGUGGCAUGAAACUGAAUAACUCACUCAAGGCUGAAGGGUCAGACCAUUGCUCUAUGCCAGAGGAUCUGAGGGUAUCUGAAGUAUCAACCCAGCCGUGGUAUUCAAUGCUUAUCCUCCCUCCAUUGCUGAAAGACAGCCCAGCAGCUGUAUUAUUAGCAGCUUACUACCCUGACUGUGUCGGCAUGAGUCCAUCGUGUACCAGCACAAAUCGUCUUCUUGGAGAAGGGAAAUUGGAACAAAGCAGAGAAGCUUCUUCUAACUUGGCUACUGCAGGGAUUAAUCCAUAUUUUCAACCAUUCUACCAGCCCAAUGAAUGUGGCAAAGCACUGUGCGUCAGACCAGAUGUAAUGGAAUUGGAUGAGCUUUAUGAGUUUCCAGAGUACUCUAGGGACCCCACAAUGUACUUAGCCAUAAGAAACCUUAUUUUGGCCCUGUGGCACAUUAAUUGUAAGGAGAUGCUCACACCACAGACUUGUGCCCAUCAUAUUAUGGUGAGAGGUUUAGUUCGCAUCCGAUGUGUGCAGGAGUUGGAAAGGAUUCUCUAUUUCAUGACCAGGAAAGGACUAGUUAACACUGGAGUUUUGUCUGUUUCUCCUGGCCAGUAUAUCCUUCCGACAGACUACCACAAUAAGUCUGUGAUUGUCAUUGGGGCUGGUCCAGCAGGACUGGCAGCCGCACGGCAGCUUCACAACUUUGGCAUCAAGGUAAUGAUACUAGAAGCAAGAGACAGGAUUGGUGGCAGAGUUUGGGACGACAAGUCAUUCAAAGGAAUCACUAUAGGAAAAGGAGCUCAUAUUGUGAAUGGAUGCAUUAACAACCCCAUUGCAAUUAUGUGUGAACAAAUCGGUAUUAAAAUGCGGAAACUGCGAGAGAAGUGUGAUUUGAUCCAAGAAGGUGGAAGAUUAACUGACCCAGCUAUAGACAAACGUAUGGAUUUCCAUUUCAAUGCCAUACUGGAUGUUGUUGCGGAAUGGCGAAAAGACAAGAGUCAGAAUCAAGAUGCCCCACUUGGAGAUAAGAUACAGGAAAUCUACAAGACCUUCAUUCAGGAAUCUGGAAUCCAAUUCACAGAUGAGGAGGAAAAGGUUUUGCAUUUCCACCUCAGCAACCUGGAAUAUGCCUGUGGAAGUAAUCUACACAAUGUAUCUGCCCGCUCAUGGGACCACAAUGAAUUCUUUGCUCAGUUUGCAGGAGAUCAUACAAUGUUGACAGCUGGAUACUCAACAGUUAUUGACAAAUUGGCAGAAGGACUUGAUAUUCGACUCAAGUCGCCUGUCAGAAAUGUUGACUACACUGGUCAAGAAAUCUGUUUAAGAACAGCAGAUGGGAAAACCUACAGUGCACAGAAGGUUUUGGUUACAGCACCCCUUGCCCUUCUUCAGAAAAACAUUAUUCAGUUUAAUCCACCACUACCUGAGAAAAAAGUGAAAGCGAUAAACAGUCUGGGAGCUGGAAUUAUAGAGAAGAUUGCUUUGCAGUUUCCUUAUAGAUUUUGGGACAACAAGAUUCAAGGAGCGGAUUUCUUUGGCCAUAUUCCUCCUGAUCCAAGCAAACGUGGUCUGUUUGGGGUGUUCUAUGAUAUGGAUCCACAGGGUAAAAGCGCUAUCUUGAUGUCUGUUAUUACUGGAGAUGCUGUGAUUUCCAUUAAGGAUAUGGAUGAUAAGCAAGUAGUGAAGCAAUGUGUGGUGGUCCUCAAGGCGCUGUUUAAGGAACAGGAGGUGCCAGUCCCAGUGAAAUACUUUGUGACACGGUGGGCUAAAGACCCUUGGGCACAGAUGGCUUAUAGUUUUGUAAAAACUUGUGGCAGUGGUGAAGCUUACGACAUAUUAGCUGAAGAUAUCCAAGGGAAAAUAUUUUUUGCAGGCGAGGCCACAAAUCGCCAUUUUCCACAGACUGUUACUGGAGCCUACCUAAGUGGAGUGCGGGAAGCGAGCAAAAUCACCGCAUUUUAAUUCAGACUUCACUUUUUACACUUCUGUUUUGUACUUUUUAUAUGGCUUUAGGAAAAACCAUGUGAUCUCAUACAUUGGUAUUUCAUAGCAAAUAUGUUACAAUCAUUAUGUAUUUGUUUUGCCAUACUUUUUUUAAAUAAUUGUACUGCUCAUCACAACUGUACAUUUAUUACUGGGGAAAGGUGUCACAUACCCUUACAGAAGAAAGUCGCUGGAAGAUGACAGAACUGAUUUGAAUAUUGUUUUAAUGGUAAUUCUAAAAUUUGGAUAGAAUACACAGGCAUGAAAAUCAAACACUUAUUUUUACCCCACCCCCUCCUCUUUUUCCCCAAUGUUUUAUAAUUUAUUAUUGCAGUAUUUGUAUAAUUUAAGUUUGGGUAUAUGUGAUAAGCAGGUGUAGCUUAAUAUUUUAGUUAAUGCAAAUGUACAUUUUAUUUUUUGUUAUGUAAAUACAACAUGAUUGUCAUUAACUAAAAUCCUUUAAGUUGUAAUCAUUGUUUGAUUAUGUUAGAAUAAGCAGACCUAAAUCCCUUAAGUCUUUAUAAGUGGGUUGUCUUGGAGACUUUGCAUUUUGAUAUAGUAUCAUAAUUUACAACAGCAGUCAAGCAUGGAAAAUUGUAAUGCUAGAUGGAACAUCUGUAUUGCUAAAUAAAGUUGGCAACAUAUUGUAAA